UUAGAGUUCUAUUUACAUAACCUUGAAACUGAGCCUUGGAGCACGGUGGUUAUCACCUUUAUUACGUAGUAGUAAGGAAGAUUUUUGUGGUGCAAUUGUGUACACAACCGGUCUCUUUGUUUCAGUACUUUAUUUAUUUAUCAUUUGAUUUCGAACAAAUUUCUGUAUUUUUGUACAUUUUUUUCUUUAACCAACUAAAAAUAUUUUGUGUAGAUAGAUCUAUUUAGGUUAUCUUUACCAAGUUUUUUUAUCAGAAUUAUUUCGCGUUAAACAUUACGUGCGUUAGCUGUUCAAUAAAUUCGCCAUGCAGUAAUGAUAAAGUUAUCUAGUGUUUGAAGCUGCCGGCAAGCAGUAGUGUGUGCUGUGGACUGUGUGGAGCAUAUUCACCGGCUUGUUAUCGCAGGGUGUCGACGUGUUGAUACAUAAUUUGUAAAAAUGUCGGGUGAGGCAUCUACUGCAAAUGGAAACAAGAAAAUAGCUCUUAUUACCGGAAUCACUGGGCAGGAUGGUUCAUACCUUGCCGAGUUCCUAAUAGAGAAAGGCUAUGAGGUGCAUGGUGUUAUGAGGCGUUCCUCAUCUUUCAACACGGGCCGCAUUCAACAUCUUUAUGAGCAGCCAAAUUGCCACACCGGGGGCCGAAUGCAUCUACACUAUGGAGACUUGACCGACACCACUUGCCUUAUCAGAAUAAUUACACAGACAAGACCAAAAGAGAUAUAUAACCUGGGCGCUCAGUCUCACGUGAAAGUAUCUUUCGAGCUCAGUGAGUACACAGCGCAGGUGGAUGCUCUUGGGACCCUCAGAUUGUUAGAAGCAGUUAGAGCUGCCGGCCUUGACAAGGAGACUAAAAUCUACCAGGCCUCCACCUCUGAACUAUAUGGGAAAGUGGUAGAAGUGCCACAGAAUGAGAAAACCCCAUUCUAUCCUCGAUCACCUUAUGCUUGUGCAAAGCUCUACGGCUACUGGAUAGUGGUGAACUACCGGGAGGCGUACGGAAUGUUCGCCUGUAACGGGAUUCUGUUCAACCAUGAGAGCCCGCGCCGGGGGGAGAACUUCGUCACCAGGAAGAUCACCAGGGGAGUCGCCAAGAUCACUCUCGGCCUCAUGUCGCACCUCGAGCUCGGCAACUUGGACAGUAAAAGGGACUGGGGACACGCCAGGGAUUAUGUGGAGGCGAUGUGGCUGAUGCUACAACAGGAACAGCCUGAAGACUUUGUAGUUGCAACAGGAGAGGCACAUAGCGUGCGUGAAUUCGUUGAGAAGGCGUUCGCUUGCGUCGACAUCAGCGUGGUGUGGAGAGGAACAGGAGUAGAGGAGACAGGACAUGAUGCUAAUACGGACAAGCUGCUGGUCAAAGUCAACCCGAAAUACUUCAGGCCUACGGAAGUGGACUUGUUGCUCGGUGACCCUAGCAAAGCUAAGCAGUCACUGGGCUGGCAGCCGCGCGUAUCCUUCGACCAGCUGGUGAAGGACAUGGUGACCGCAGACCUGGCGCUCAUGAGACGAGACCCGCAGGCUUAGAAACCAUGCACGCAGAGCCCUGACCUGCCGGUGCUAUGAUAUUUCUGCACUACACAUAUAUGAUGGAUGGUAUAUGGUUAAUAGCAUUUUUGUAAUAGUAUUAUGUUACGAUAUAUUUUGUUCACCCAUGGUGUCGAUUCUGGCUUAAACUUAAAUUUGCCAACAGUGUGUCCUUGCAAUAGGGUAUUUGACAGUGUUAAAAAUAAAGUGCCAAUUGUUAGCAUCUGUGUUAAAAAUGAAUAUUGACAGAGGUUUUUACUAUUUUUACUAAAAAAAUAUUCAUAAUUUUACUAAAAACUAACGAAAAAGAUAAUAGUUUUCUUAUCUAUUGUCACGUGACCCAAAAUGCUUGGGAUUGGCGGAGCCUAAAAUGACGUCACACGCAAGUAAACUUCCAGUUAAAGUGACAUUACAUUGUAUCGUUUGACGUUUUAAUAACAGUCGUGUGACGUCACACACUAGUAAGACGCCAUAUUGUCCAGAGAAACGUUUUCACGUGGAUAUCUUUGCCCUUUUCCACUCCUCCUACUUACGAAUAUGCAGGAGCGAGUAGUUUUGUGUAGAAGUGGACACAUUUUUGCUGAAAAGUUUUUUUAACAAUCAUAAUUAAACCUCAUUCAUUUCCCAACUAAAACAAGUGUUUUGUCUCCUUUUAAGUACGAAUGAACAAAUCCGCACGCUUUCCGUGUCUGUUGCGGGGUCCAUACAAAAGUGUCCAUGCAAAAUGUCCUUUAGUUUAAAGUUUGGAGAAACACGCCAGUAUCGACACCAUUGCCUCGCUAUGAGUAAUUUAUACUGUAAAGUUAAUUAUUUUAUAUCUAUUUUUAUUAUCCCAUUUUAGUAUUUAGGGUCAUUUGCACUAAAGUCCGUUUAAUUAAAUUUUAAUAAAUGUAAACCACACAGUAUUUAUAUUGACUUUGAAUUGUUUACAAUCAUAGUGAUAUCUUUAAACUGGAUUUUAUUUAAAUGGUCUGGUAAAAGCCUGUAAUGUUUUAUAUAUCAUAUUUUUCGACUGUAACUAUUAUUUUUAAUUAGAUAUACGAUAAAAUAAGGCAAUAGUGAAGUAUUUAUCAGGCGUAUUUGACACAUUAUAAGUUCUAACUUUAAAGCAUUGUAAGAAGUGCCAUAUUCGCAAAGCGACUGCUUACCGAAUUCCAUCAUCAAUUUUUGAUUAUAAUAUGCAAUAUGAAUGCCCUGUCCUCCAUUGAGGAUGGACUCAACCAAACAUUAGUUGAUAUAAUUCGUUAUUUAGUUACUUUUAUUAUUAUGUAUUUUAUAAUUUGUUCAAAUGGACCCUAUUUUUCAUCUGCGGUCAAUUUUAGCAUUGUAAAUAAUGAAAUGAGUUUCGGAAGAGCAUAUUUUAUUUGCCGGAUUCCUAUGUCUCUGAAUUCUCAAUUCAUCAGUACUAAAAGAAUUUUCAAAUUGUGUGCGAGUUUGGGAAAAUGCAAUAAAAUUUUAUCACAUGAUUUAGGCCAAACAUACAAUAAGUGGAUAUAAAAUCGAUAACAAAAAAAGCCGGUUUCUCGUAAUUGUAAGUGACGCACAUUAUUUUAUGAAUUUACACGAUACGAAGUUUUUUAUUUAUUUUAGUUUAUAUUUAUGUAACAUUCCAUUUCUGUAAAAAAAAUUGGAAUAGGAAUUAUGUAUGUUUGUUUUGUAAAUAAAAUUAAAUAUUGUUUAAGACUUGGUUUUUGUUUAAUUCCGAAGUGCUGUAUUUUUUUCUUUUUUAUAAAAUAUAUAUUGACGUCCUCGUAUGUAGACGGACGAUAAGUAGCGUUGAAACAGUUGUAAAGAAUAGGUUCCUAUCAUUAGACAAUUUGCGUUCUCAGCUAUAUCCUCAAAAUGAAUGUUUAUUUACACGUCUUUAAAUA